AAACGGGAGCGUGUUACCCAGACGAAGCAGAAAGUUAAGCGUAGAGGAAAAUAAGGGCUUUUUUUCGCCGUCGCAUUUUGAAUCCAAUCUCUGUGUUGCACUCAUGGCCUUCACCAACGGAUUCAGAUCUGCUGCAAAGCUAAUUGGUUCUUCCGAAUCCUCGAUCUCUAAGUCAGUGAGCAGAGGUUUUCAUUCAACUGGCAUGAAGAGGAUGGGAGGUGGACAUGGCCAUGAUGAGCCAUAUUACAUGCACGCAAAGCACAUGUACAACUUGGACAGGAUGAAGCAUCAGGGGUUGAAGAUGUCCCUUGCUGUGUUCAGUGCUUUCAGCAUUGGUGUUGCAGUUCCUAUCUUUGCAGUCGUUUUCCAGCAAAAGAAGACAGCUUCUGGCUAGCUCAUUUUACACUUCAUUUGCAACAAUAAGGUGGAUUUCGGAAUCCUAGACUAGCGUAUUGGUUUUGGUGGUUAUUGCUGUAUUGCUUUGAACUUUAUGUUUAACCUUCUUUAUGGAUUUUCCAUAUCUCUUGUAAUAAUCAAUUUCUCUGCACUGCCAGAUGCUUAAGCUUCGACAUUUUUAUGUCUUAAAAGGAAGUAUAUAUAGUCUUAGACUC